AUGCCACAAGAGUCUUUUCAAGUGGCUUUUUAUGAUUCCUCAGAUGAUGAGCAGAACGAGCAAGUGGCACAGGUUGUGCCGGUGGUGGAUGGCGUGUCGCCGCAGACCACCCCGACCACAAGAGAUGAGAAUGAUGAUAAUCAAGAACAAGAACAACGCCGACAACAACAACGGAUGUCUUCAUGGCUUGGUCGAAUUGCCAAUCGUACUACGGCGUUCCUUUCUUACGCCUUUGGUGGCCGGAAUGAGCUAAAUACUGAUGCUCCAAUGGAUGCAGAGAGUGCAGAGAAAGAGUCGAAUGACAGCGGUCGGUGGGGGUACAGGGCACACCGCGAAGUGGCCCGCCGGUCAGUUGAGUUGAAUAACGCCGAGUCGUUUGCACCUUCAGAGGAGAUUGCGGUAGACCUCCGUGAGACGAUCCUUCAGUACAAACGCACACCUGAUGAUGUUUAUAUGCGCAUCAUACUUGCUGCGCUUAAUUAUGGAGAGAUUCAGGUUGGUGGGGAUCUGUUCCGUGCCGCCUAUGGCAAUCAUGAACUCAUGAAGGUACUAAUGGAGUCUGGGAAGGUAAACUAUGCUGACCCCUAUGUACAGGAGAUCAUCCAAAAAGAGAUUAACUCGAUGGUUGUGCCUGAUGCAGCGUGUGGUGGCCGGAUUUCCCCUGAAAAGAUUGGGUAUCUGGCGUUGCUUUGCCACGCUCCCAGUGCGACGCUCACAAAAGAACAGGCGUGUCUCUUCCGCCACGCUGGCUUUGAGUUUGUCAAGAUGCUACACGAGAACCCGCACUUGCUGCGUAAUCUACCACCGCCUCGGUGGAUUGUGGCACGCAUAUUGGAUGUUUGCUACUUUCUUGACAUGGUAGUAACCUGGCUUGGACUAAUGGCCACACUGGUAAAUUUGGCUUGUGUUGGGUGGAUUGUUUACUUUUGGCUGGUAGACGGACCGAUUCAAUAUGGCAAUUUUACGAUUCUAUGCUAUGUUGUUGGCUAUGUUGUGAGCAUUGUUGCAGUGAUGGUGUCUGAGGAGGGCAGGAUCCGUGAUUACGAGGACCGACUCUGGGACUACCCAGAUAACACUCUCAAGGUUAUUCCC